AUGAAUGCAAUACUUAAGCUUCUUUGCUUAGCAGAGGUGCUCCAGACAGGACAAGAGAUAACUGAAUUGGAUCAGUCGGGAUUUGCUACACAAUCAGCUACUGUGUUUGCUGGUAACGUUGGAUCAUUCAUUGUACAGGCAACAAGAACUGACAUCAGACUCCUCAAAGGAAUAAAGCAGCUGUGUUAUGUGGCACUGGAUAUGGGAGGAGGAGUCAAAUGCGUUGAUGUGUGCAGUCCCUAUGUGAUUGUAUUACUAAUGGAGGGAGAGAUUGGUCUAUUGAAACUGGUCGACGAGUCACUGGUGCUAUCAUGGCCCUCUCUUGGCAAUAAUACUCCUGUUAAUCAUAUUUCAGCAUACACUGAUACCAGUGGGUUAUUUGAUGUCACCUCCAGCCUACAAUUUGAAGGGGAUGGUUCGGAGAAAGAGGAAGAGGUUCCUAUUGCCCCGCCCCCUGUCAAGAGGCCACACCUCUCCUCAUCGCUGCUUUAUGAUGAAGACGAGUUAUUGUAUGGACCAGUUAAAACUGAAGUAAAAGAGGAAAAUGCUUCACCCAUGGAGGCUUCAUUAGCAGCUGAGCCUGAGGCUCCACCCCCAAUCACACCCACUCAUUGGUGUCUACUGUGCAAAGAAGAUGGUGCACUUGAAAUAUAUUCUGUCCCAGAGUUUCAGUUUGUUUUUGCUGUCAGGAACUUCUCCGUUGCUCCUUGGACCCUUUGUGACAGUGGGCGUGUCCCGUUUCCAAGUGGGACUGGCGAGUCAAUGGGAGGAGGAGGGGGAGGAGUGAGUGGAGGACCUUGUAACGUUGAACAGGUUCUUUGUGUUGGUAUGGGUCUUAAUGGGAAGAAGCCACACAUCAUGGCAUUCAUUAAUAAAGAGUUGGUGAUUUAUGAAGCAUUCCAAUAUACCUCUGCAAUACAUCCUGGCCACCUUAAACUGAGAUUUAGUAAAGUGCAGCAUAAUGUAAUACUCCAGGAUAAGAGAGUGGGGAAAUUAGCAAAGCACUUUCAGCAACAAGAGUUUUCAUUUCCUCCUCAUUUGAGAAAGUUUUCUAACAUUGCUGGCUACUCUGGAGUGUUUGUAUGUGGUCCUUAUCCUCAUUGGAUAUUCAUGGCUGCAAGAGGUCACCUCUCCAUUCAUCCUAUGUACAUUGAUGGCCCAGUUCAAUCUUUUGCUCCUUUUGAUAAUGUUAAUUGUCCUUCUGGUUUCCUAUACUUCAAUAAAGAGUCAGAGCUGAGGAUCUCAGUGCUACCAACUCAACUCUCUUAUGAUUCGUACUGGCCUGUUAGAAAAGUCCCAUUAAAAGCCACGCCUCAUUUUGUCGGCUAUCACAUGGAGAGUAAGGUUCAUGUGAUAAUAGCCAGUACCCCUCAACCAGUGACUGUCAUUCCUGAUCCUAACGGAGAGACAGAGGAUGCACUGGAGACUGUGGAAAGAGACGGGAGGUUUGUGUAUUCUCAGGAAGAGACUUAUUACUUGCAAUUGCUGAGUCCAACGUCAUGGGAGACCAUACCACAUUCAAAGUAUGAGAUGGAGGCUCAUUAUCAUGUGACUGAUAUGAAGGUGAUGAGACUACGCAGCCAAGAGACACUGAGUGGAAGGAAAGAAUACAUUGUUGUGGGAACAAUGGCCACCUUUGGAGAAGAGCUUAGUGCUAAAGGAAAAGUUCUGAUAUUUGAUGUGAGUGUUGUUAUACCUGAGCCUGGAAAACCUUUCAGUCAAUAUCGUCUAAAAAAUUUAUACGAUCAAGAACAGAAAUGGCCAGUUACUGGACUAGAGUGUGUGAAUGGACUCAUACUAACUGCAAUGGGACAGAAAAUAUUCAUGUGGCAGUUUAAAGAUAAUAAGGACCUCCUAGCAGUUGCCUUUAUUGAUGCAGAGACCUAUAUACACACAGCACAGAGUAUCAAAGGAUUCAUACUAACGGGAGAUGUAACACGUAGUAUACAGCUCCUUCAUUAUAAUGAAGACAGGCGGAGUCUCUCUCUCAUUAGUCAGGAUCCUAACCCAAUGGAAGUCUUCUCGACUACUUUUAUGAUUGAUGGGAAAGCUCUUGGUUUUCUAGUGUCUGACUCUGAUAGGAAUAUAACAUUAUUUCAAUAUCAGCCUGAAAAUCCUGCCAGCAGCGGUGGUGCUAAUCUCGUCCGCUGUGGUGACAUUCACGUCGGCUCACUGGUCAACGUGUUCCUUAACAUUCGCUGCAAGACUUCGGCUGGUUUGGGCGCAUCAAGAGAAAUGAAAAUCGCUUUAGCUGACAAGAGACAGUGCACCUUUUUUGGAACCCUGGAUGGUGGGAUUGGCUGUCUAUUGCCUAUACCUGAAAAGGUGUAUAGAAGACUGAGCAUGUUACAAGUGAAGAUGACACAAGGGAUGAGACACAUGGCUGGACUCAAUCCAAAAGCGUUCAGGACAUUUCAGACUCGCCACCAGUACCUUCACAAUGCACAGCGUAACAUACUUGAUGGUACUCUUCUUUAUCAGUAUCUAUCGCUCACUGCCAAGGAGAAGUUUGACUUUUCCAAACAGAUCGGAACCACAGUGGCACAAAUAAUGGAGGACUUGAAAGAAAUCGACAAAGUAAUGUCUCACUUCUAAUCAGCCCAGCCAUAAGGACUGUUAAUUUUUUCUCCCACCUCUUCUUUUUCUUUCUCAAUUCUCUCUUUCUCCUUUUUAAUUUUAUUAUAAGAGUACAUUAAAAUUAAUAAAUUAUGCAUUCCAGCCUAUAGACUAGGCGUGGUCUUUUCACAAUU